AUGGAUCCUCAGUCCCCCAAGCGGAUGACCCGCUCCCGGGCCGCCAAAGUCACAGAGCCCACCACCACCACCACUACGAGGACGACCAAGAUCGUCACCGCCGCGGCCAAGGCCAAGGCUGCCGCCAGCACCGCCACCAGCACAACCAAGUCCGCCUCGGCCAAGAGGAAAACGCGAGCCGACGACAACGACCACGACGACGACCCGGAGGCGUCCGCCGCCCCGCAAAGACAGCGCGCCCCCGCGGCCGACCCAGGAAGGCCGCCGACCCGCCCGUGCCACAAGGACCCGGGCGAGAAAGGCCCCGAGCCAGCCGAGGCUGCUGCGGAGGAACCCGCCAAACCCAAGAGAGGCCGGCCCAAGAAGAUUGUUGCCGAGGAGCAGGCGGUAGAGUCUAAAUCGGAGCCGGCCAAGACGACGCGCUCCCGCGCCGGCUCGACGGCCACAAAGGCUACGACCAAGAAGACUGUGACGUUCCAGGAGCCCGAGAAGGAGAACAUUGAUCCCGGCACAUCGGCCAAGCCCAAGGCGGAUACAAAGCCCGCCGCCGGCCUUCGUGGCCGCCCCGUGAGGAAGACGAGUACCACGACCACGGUGGCCACGAACCCUGCUUCCGCGACUGCCGCCAGAGCCACCCGCAGCGUUCGGGUGGCGAAACCCGUGCCCAAGGCGGGCGAGAAGCUCCCUCUGAGUCCUAGAAAGAUUACCCAGCUCGUGGCUCCUCUCGACUACCCCUCGGAAGACGAACUGGCUGGUCCCAUUGAAAAGACGCCGCUCCGCAAGAACCCUGUCCGGCCUCCGCCUUCUAGUGCCUUGGUAAAGAGUAAGAAGCUGGAGCUCGCCGCGGAGGAGCACACGCUCGCCAUCAACAAUGUUUCCACUGCUUCGGACGAGUCCGAGCCCACCCUCACCAUGGCUCUCGUUAGCCCUGCCAAACGGCCCCCUCCCUCACCGUUCAAGGACUCCAUGAAAUCUCCCGCGAAGCGGUCCGAGGCCCUCCAGCUCGCAUCCUCCUCGAGCGCCCAGCCAGGUGGCAAGUCGACCGGCGCCACGCCCUUCAAGGCAUCGCUUCUCCAGUCGCCCGCUAAGCGCCCGCCUCCCUCGGCCCUAAAGGCCAUGUCCUCGUCCACCCUGGCCCGGUCCGAGUCGCACGGAGCGUCUACUCCUUCGUUUAAGAGCUCUCUUCUCCAGUCUCCCGCAAAGCGGGGUCCCAUGUCGGCCAUGAAGCUCCCUUCUGCGAAGCGUGACGGUCUCUCCCGAACUCCGGCUACCCGACCCACUAUUCUUUCGACACCGGGCCACAUUCCCUCGAACGCGAAGCCGUCUGAUCUGCUCAUGGACGAUGAUGAGUCCGACAUGUCGCCCCAGGGUGUUCAACGUAACCUGUUUGCUCAGCCGCCCCCGAGCCUCAAGUUUCCCGGCCGCCUCUCCGCGGUCUUGCCCCGUGACGCGAAUCCUGGCCUUGACACCGAGAUGGCGACUCUUGACGAGAUGACCGAAGAUGACAUCUCUCUGAUCGCCAGCCCCGCGGCGAAGCCUUCUGUCGCUGAGUCUGGGUUGGAGGCCGAACCUAUUAGUGACGAUGCCUACGACUCGGACGGAAUCGGAGCUCGAAGCCGAGCAAGAGAAUAUGCCAUUGAGCCCCACCGGAACUACCACGCCCCCAACUCGCCUCCCAAAUCCCUGUACGGAUUCAGCCUACGCCACAAGGACCUCGACCCGUUCCAGGGUCUCGACGACGAAUCCGAAGACGAGCUCACCUCGAGCAUCCAGCGCAAGAAACCCUCCCGAAGCCCCGUUCGCCAGAUCAACACCCCCGCCGCCGGGUCCCGACGCAAGUCGCUGGCCCCCUCGAUCAACCCGAUCGGCUUCACGCCUCUUGCCGCCAAAUUCAACGCCUGGUCCACUACGAGCCCCUCCAAGUCGGCCUCGUCUUCCAGCAGCCGCGCCAGCAUGGAGAAGCCCACCUUUUUCGACGACGAGAUGUGCGUGCGAGACGACGAGGACGUCGAGGCCGUCAUCGAGGCCGCCAUUGAUGCCGAGAUUGCUGCCCUGAUUGAGCCCGUGUUUGAGGACGUCCCCAUCACCGACGAGGACAUGGCGCUCGUCGCCGAGGCCCAAGAAAUGUCCCUGAUGGAGCCCCAGCAGAUUGAGGACAUCCUCGACGGCCAGUACCAAGAUGACUCGCUUUCCGAAGACAGCCAGGAUUACGGCGAUGAGAACCAGGUCCCCAUCGACCCCGCUCUCCUCGAGGCCCAGCGAGAAAUGACCACGGUGAUCCCUCCCCAGACCCCGGCCCGCGUCACCGCCCGCGAGUUCAGCACCGUUUCCAAGGUGCCCCUCAAGCCGGCGGACGACUCGACCCCCGCCGCGAUCAAGAAGAGGCGCCACAGCGUUUCGCGCCUCCCUGUCCAGCGCCCCACCGGCGUCAAGAGGAGCGCCUCUGUGAUUUCCUACACGCCCACGAAGAAGGACCAGGUCGGCGCAGGCAUGAACUCGUUGCUCGACGACGCCGACAUUUGGUCCACCCUCGGAACGCCUCCCCGCAGCCCCCACAAGCACCUCGACGCUGCCCUCCUCCGCGGCGCCGUUGUCUACCUUCUCACUCAAAUGGGCGCUCGCUGCGUCAAGACGUGGAACUGGAACCCCAAUGAGUCCUCUAGGAUCGGCAUCACCCACGUCGUGUACAAGGACGGCAGCAAGAGAACCCUCGAGAGGGUUCGCGACAGCAACGGCGUCGUGCAGUGUGUGGGUGUUACCUGGGUGCUUGAUUGCGAGCGAGACAACAAGUGGCUUGAUGAGGCACCCUACAACGUCGAUACGAGCCUAGUCCCCCGCGGCGGUGGUCGCCGCAGGAAGUCGAUGGAGCCCAAGGCCCUCGCCAACCUGAAUGGCACCCUCAUUAGCAGCCCCACCAAGCAGAGCCGCGAGUCCCAGGCGCCGCCCACCACUCCACUUCCUAACCGCCGCGCCAGCACCGUCUGGAUGCGAACACCACCUGAGCAGCUCGCUGCCCCCGAGGACUUUGACGCCGAGUAUGACGAUGAGGACGACGAAGACUGGCGCCACCUGGCCAUGCUGACACCCGUCCCCAAGACGCCAGCACCCGAGGCUAUCGCGCGCUACGUCGAGAAUCUCACCCCGACACCCCCACCGAGGCUGGUGAUUCGCCUGCGGACCGGGAUCUGCUCAUGA